CAUUGUGCGCGCUGUGUGCGGUGCGUGAGAGCCGGAGACGACAGCAUGUCUGGCCGCGGCAAGCAGGGAGGCAAGGCGAGGGCCAAGGCCAAGUCGCGCUCUUCGCGGGCCGGCCUGCAGUUCCCCGUGGGCCGCGUGCACCGCCUGCUGCGCAAGGGCAACUACGCCGAGCGGGUGGGCGCCGGCGCGCCCGUCUACUUGGCGGCCGUGCUCGAGUACCUGACGGCCGAGAUCCUCGAGCUGGCCGGCAACGCCGCUCGCGACAACAAGAAGACCCGCAUCAUCCCCCGCCACCUGCAGCUGGCCAUCCGCAACGACGAGGAGCUCAACAAGCUGCUCGGCAAAGUCACCAUCGCCCAGGGCGGCGUCCUGCCCAACAUCCAAGCCGUCCUCUUGCCCAAGAAGACCGAGAGCCACAAGGCCAAAGGGAAGUAAACCUUGGCUGCCCCCCAAAGGAAAAAAACCCCUCGCUGAACGCUGAACCCAAAGGCUCUUUUCAGAGCCACCCACGUUUUCCAGAAAAGAGCUGAGUCCAGGCAGUUGGUGACUUUGGAAAGCAAGUUGUCUUGUGCUUAGAACGGGAUUCAAAAUAUUCCUACCUCUUAAGGUUAAAUCGCAUAAAUCCGCGAGGAACAAUUGCCAUUCCACCAAGUUAGGUGAAGCUGAGCCUUGUUUUAGUUGUACUUUCCGUGGUUGAGAAGUAUUGGCUGUUCGGGAUAUCAAUAAUGCCCGUUGAUGAACAGCUCUUGGUUCACGCAGUCGUUACCCGCCCCCAUUUUAUAUCUAAAAUACACCUUGUGGUACUCGAACAUAUAAAUAUUAGAAAACGAAUUGGCAUGCCAAGGCAAUCCUCGCUCCGAGGCAUCUGGCUCUGAUGCAGCCUGAGAAAGAAUUACGUAUGUGUAACGCGGGAGCUGACACAUAGUAUUAAAAACUACUCUUUAA